AUGUUACAAUCUAUCCCAACAUACGCGUUGUCUAUAUUCUUGGCUCUUAAGGGUGUGAUCGAGGAUCUUCAUUAUAAGUUAAGAAGAACUUGGUGGUCUGGAAAGGAUAGAGGAAAAUACUGGUCGAUGCUCCCUUGGAAGAAUUUGUGUCAGCCAAAAGGGAUGAGGGGUAUUGUUCCGUCAUCCAAGUACUUCCCUGAUGGUAAUUUUUUUAAAGCCAAACAUAAGGAUAAAGCUUCGUUCACUUGGUCGAGUAUAGCAGGUGUUGCAGAGAAGUUGAAAAAUGGGUUCGGCUGGCAAAUUGGCAAUGGUAAUUAUAUUAAUAUUAGGGUUGAUAACUGGGGUAUGGAAGACUUAAAUGGUGGCAAUCUUGAUUCUAAUAUGAUUAACCCUAAAUUCAACAAUGUUACAGAUCUUUGGGUGGAGAAUGAAAGAAAAUGGGAUAUAGAUAAAGUUUAUUUGAUGGUGUUUGCUUGGAGAGUUGAUCACGAGCUUCUUCCCAUGAAUGUCAAAAUUUCUUCCAUCAGAAAUGGCUUUAACCAAGGUUGCCCUAGAUGUGGAGCCACGAAUGAAACCCUCUUGCAUGCUUUUAGAGGCUGUCCCAUUUCUCGUGAAGUUCUGUCCAUAGGUGGGUGGGAUAUGAGUGUAAUGAUGAAGCAAUACGAUAGAUGUGUAGAUUGGCUUGAGAAUAUGAUGAGAAUCCUGGACAAAAGAGCUAUGGCCGAUUUGAUAACCACUUUAUGGAACUACUGGAAUAGCAGGAACAAUUUCAUCUUUAAAGAUAAAAAAGACAAAGCACAGGCUGUUGAGGAUAGGGCUAGCAACCUUGGCGAAGAGUUUCGAAUCUAUAAUUUGUUGAAUGCCCCUAUGUUUUCCCAAAACGAAGUUAUUAAGAAAUGA